ACAGCCGCGUCGAGCCACAGCUCAGCCGCGCAGAGCCGAGCAGAACCGGGACAUAACCGCGCCGCACCGAGUGGAACCGAGUUACAGUCGAACCGAACCGAACCACAGCCGAGCCGAACCGAGCCACAGCAGCACCAAGCCAAGCAGAACCGAGCCACAGCCGUGCCGAACCGAGCCCAAGCAGCACCAAGCCAAGCAGAACCGAUCCACAUCCGUGCCGAACCGAGCCACAGCUGUGCCGAACCGAGCAGAACCGAGCCACAUCCGUGCCAAACCGAGCCCAAGCAGCACCAAGCCAAGCAGAACCGAUCCACAUCCGUGCUGAACCGAGCCACGGCAGUACCAAGCCAAGCAGAACCGAGCCACAUCCGUGCCAAACCGAGCCCAAGCAGCACCAAGCCAAGCAGAACCGAUCCACAGCCGUGCCGAACCGAGCCACGGCAGUACCAAGCCAAGCCGAACCAGGACACAACUGCGCUGCACCGAGUGGAACCGAGCCACAUCCGUGCCGAACCGAGCCACGGCAGCAUCGAGCCUCGGCUGAGCCGCGUCGAUGGAGGUCCCGGGGGGCGGGCGCCAGCACGCGGCUCCUGCCUUCGGGCUGGCGCCGUCGUCCGCGACGCUGCUGAAGAGCGAGUUCUGUUGCAGAGGUACUGCUCCGGACGGCGACCGGUCGGCAGAGGGCAUCGAGCCGGCGACCUUUGACCCUGAACGCCGGUGGGGGCAGCAGGAGCAGCGGAGACGAUCGGAAGUCGGGGCUGCCGUCUGCCCCCGAUGACGACGCCCAGUCGCUCGUCCACCGCAAGCGCCACGUCACCGGUGGCGGCUACGACAGCGGCGUCAACGACAGCGGCGUCAACUCGCACAGCGACGACGGCGGCGACGACGGCGGGUCGUGCCGUCCAUCCGCCCUCAUGACGACCACCGCGGCCGCCGCCGGCACGCAUCAGCAGCAGCACCGCGACCAGAGCCACAGCGAGACGCCCGGCGUCUUCACGGUGACCGAGGGCAAGCACGCGCGCCUCAGCUGCCGCGUGACGGGGAAACCGAAGCCCGAGAUCGUGUGGAUGAAGAGCGGCGUGGGGCUCCGCAGGGGCCGCCGCUACGUGAUGUACGAGGACGACGCCGGCGGGGGAGGACUCUUUGUGCUGCGCGUUCUCUUCUGCCGGCAGGAGGACAACGGCUUCUACACGUGCUCCGCUUCCAACGCCAUCGGGCAGACCUUCAGCGCCGUGCAGCUCGUCGUGAACGAGCCGCAGCUGCUGUUCAAGAGCCGCCUGCGCGAUGUGGAGGUGCGGGAGCGCGGCGUGGCCACGCUGGAGUGCGAGGUGCCCUCGCCGGGCCUGUCGGCGCGCUGGUUCCUGGAGGACACUCCGCUGGCGCCCGGCCGCAAGUACGGGAUCGAGGCGGAGGGCACGAAGCGCCGGCUCGUCAUCCGGGACGUGACGGCGGACGACGACGCGGUGUACAUCUGCGAGACGCGCGGGGGCAGCCGCACCGUCGGCGAGCUCUCCGUCAAAGGGCGGAUCGUGCAGAAGCUGCCUCGUCUCGUGGAGGUGCGGCAGGGCGAGGGGUUGACGCUCUCCGUGGAGGUGGAGGACUCCUUCCUCGAGGGCGAGUGGCUACGCGACGGCGUCGUCGUCGCCGCGACGACCUCGACGACGACGACGAUGACGACGACGGCGCGCGGACGAACGCGCACCCUCGAGAUCGCCCGCGUCGCUUUCGGGGACGACUGUGACGUCACCUUCAAGGCCGGGGAGUCCUGGACCACGUGCAAAGUCCGCGUCAAAGUGCCGACUCCUCGAUGGCCGCCGUCCAAUUUCCACGUGCGCCGGGUGAGCUACAGCUCCGUGUCGCUCGAGUGGCGGGCGCCGCCCAUCGACCACGACGGCGACGUCGACGCGGCUCGCUACGCGGUGGAGAUGCGCGCCCGGGGCGAGCGAGCGCCGGCGUGGGUGGACGUGAGCGGGCCCGGCGCUCGCACCGAGCUCACGGUGGGCGGCCUGCGGACCGGCGCCGAGUUCGAGUUCCGCGUGGCCGCCGUCGGCGCCCAAGGUGGCAGGGGCCCCUUCGCCGAGCUGCGGGGGCCCGUGCUCGUCAAAGGGGACGUGGAGGUGCUCUCGCCGCUGAGCGACAUCCACGCGUCUCGCGACGACGACGCCACCUUCACCAUCCAGCUCUCGCGCGCCACGCCCGGCCAGUGGCUUCGCGACGGUGUCCACAUCUCGUCGGCCGGCGCCGUCGCCGCGGCCGCCGCCACCGCCGUCGACGACGGCCGCCACAUCGUCGGCCACUUCGGCGCGACGCACACGCUGGUGGUGCGUCGCGUCGGCUGGCGGGACGACGGUGCCGCCAUCGCCUUCCUGGCGGGCGCCCUGCGCGCCGACGCCACGCUCUACGUGACCGAGGGCGACGGCCUCUUCUCGCGCCUGCUCUCCGUCUCGUUCGCGUUCGCUAUAGUCGCCUACCUGCUCGCCUACCUGCUCGCCUACCUGCUGGGGGGCGGUGGCGGCGGUGCCGGCGGUGGCGGCGACGGCCUCCUGGAGGGGACGCCGAUGGACCGGCUCACGUAGGGCGACGCCCGGCGGCCUGGCGGCUGUGGACGGUCGAAAUGUUCACGGACGGAGAGUCGCGUGCGGGUUCAUUGCCGGCCGCGUCCCCACGAAUGAGCAUCGAAGGAGGGGGGGGGGGGGCGAUGGCGGACGUGGAGCUCGGUGGACUUGCCGUAGACUACCUGCUAACAGCUGCGGUGUCAAGGUCGGCCUCUGUGGAGGAGGAGGCAAGUGAAGGACGCUGCUGCUGCUACUGGGCAAUUGGAGGCAGUCGCCCCUCCAGCAACAAUGGAGGGUGGAGGAGCGACGCUCACAACAACGAGCGGAGCGCCGGGCGGCUAAAACGCAGCAAGUUGGCACAAUAGGAGGUACAGCUUUGUGGUGCAUCUACCGGUCAUCUCAGUCGGCCAACCCAUGGCACCUGCAGGGUCUGUCCUGUGACCUCAUCCUGCACCUAGCCUGGCACAGUAGGGGGUACCGCUGGUGGUGCAUCUACCGGUCAUCUCAGUCGGCCAACCCAUGGCACCUGCAGGGUUUGUCCUGUGACCUCAUCCUGCACCUAGCCUGGCACAGUAGGGGGUACCGCUGGUGGUGCAUCUACCGGUCAUCUCAGUCGGCCAACCCAUGGCACCUGCAGGGUCUGUCCUGUGACCUCAUCCUGCACCUAGCCUGGCACAGUAGGGGGUACCGCUGGUGGUGCAUCUACCGGUCAUCUCAGUCGGCCAACCCAUGGGACCUACAGGGUCUGUCUCGAGACCUCCUCCUGCACCUAGCCUGGCACCGUAGGGGGUACAGCUGGUGGUGCAUCUACCGGUCAUCUCAGUGAGCCAAUCCAUGGCACCUGCAGGGUCUGUCCCGAGACCUCCUCCUGCAUCUAGCCUGGCACAAUAGGGGGUACAGCUGGUGGUGCAUCUACCGGUCAUCUCAGUGAGCCAAUCCAUGGCACCUGCAGGGUCUGUCCCGAGACCUCCUCCUGCAUCUAGCCUGGCACAAUAGGGGGUACAGCUGGUGGUGCAUCUACCGGUCAUCUCAGUGAGCCAAUCCAUGGCACCUGCAGGGUCUGUCCCGAGACCUCCUCCUGCACCUAGCCUGGCACAAUAGGGGUACAGCUGGUGGUGGAUCUACCGGUCAUUUCAGUCACCCAACCCGUGGCACCUGCUGGGUCUGUCCCGACACCUCCUGUCAGCGAGGCCUUCGACACUUCACGUGGUAGUCUCAAAGUACACCUAGCCUGGCACAGGCGCCGUGGCAAACGGCGCGGUGUUGGUGCAGAUGGCGACGAUGAUCUCGAUCGAUGAAUCAACGCAAGAAAAUUUUCGUAAAGCACGUGGCAGCGAAACGUGUGGCAGCGAAACGUCGGACACCACCGCGCCAGACGCCGGAGAGCACGACGGAUUUGAAUGCUUCCGACGACUUUGAGUGGAAAUUAAAUCUUUCCGGAGCGAUCGAUGCCGUCUGCAUUUGCCGGCUGACAGGUCACAGUUGGUCAUCGUUGUUGGACUGUCAGUGGCGGGUGUGUGUGUACACUCAUGGUGCCGGAUGGGCAACGCUGUCGUGGACAGUGCUGUGGGGGGGAAGGCCAAUUCCGAUUGGCCUUUCCCCUCAGGGCGUUGGUAACCACCACAGCAGGCCAAAUGGGGGCUCUGGACGGUUGCGAGGGGCUGGUAACCCCUCCACCUUCAAUAAAUUACCGCAAAACCAUUUAAAAAAAUAUGUAAUGAAUAAGCUUGUGCCGGUGGCCCCGGGGGGGCAGGCUUCUAUGACGUCUCCUGGCCAAACCCCAUUUGGCGGAGCCAGGAGAUUGAAUCUUCACCCUCGGAGCUCCUCCAGAAACAACAAAAAGCUACUACGGAUGGUCACGUGGAAUGUUCGAACGCUCACUGCAGAGGAAAGGCUGCAACUCCUCUGUCGGGAGCUGGACCGGUACUGCCUGGAUCUCUGUUGCAUUCAUGAGGUCCGGUGGACCGGCUCUGGCUCCUGCCACCAUGAGGGGUGGACAGUCUUCUACUCGGGGCAGGAGACUGCCAAACAACAGGGAGUGGCUCUUCUUCUUAACAAAAGAAUGAAGGGGGCGUGGGAGCGUGGCGGUGAGGUGUGGGAAGCUGUAAGCCCCAGGCUACUUUAGGCUCGCCUUCCCAUCAACCGGAGGCGAGGAGUGGUAGUCGUGGUUACUUAUGCCCCCACCGAAAACGAACAUCCGUGGAGGGAUGCAGGCAAGGCCGAUGAGUCAAAUACCUUCUAUGACCUCCUGUCACAGGUGCUAGCUAAAGUGGCCCCUCUGGAUAGUCAACCCAGCUUAAAUAUAUGCUCCAAGCACGUGUGCUGUUUCAUUCAGACGCUGUCGCCUCGACAGACCUGGUUUUCACCUGAGGACAGGCUGCUUGCGUUGUGGCGGAAACGUCGUGAGAAUUGUUUUAUUAUGUUUUAUUUUUAUUAUUUUAUUACUUCCCUUCUACGUGACUUUACCGAAAGAACCAAGAAGAUAGAGUCAUCUUGUUGGUCACCCAACCCCUCGUGUGCCGUGUCGGCCUUCAUAGGUUCUGCUCGCUAACAGCACUUGCCCCUACAGCAUGUUAAGGCUGUACGGGGGAUCUUUCUCUUUUUGUGUGUGUUUGUGUGUACACGUCUGUGUGGGUAGCAGGUGGCGCAUGUACGAAUGCACGUUGAACUUCUUUCGCGCCGUACGUUGCCGACCGCGACGUGAGUUCGAUUCCCGCUCACGGCCAUCAACACCAGGUGAUGAUUAUCUGAAGCGGUCCUGGGCCUCCCCUAGGUGGACUCGGCCUCAAAUGAGUACCUGGUGCGGUGUGUAAAUAAACAUCGUCACUGGGGAGACAUAGGGGCAUCGUUAAGCAUUAAUUUAAAAAAAUAAACGCCGUUUAAAAUA